UCGACAAAACGGCCGGGGGUCGGCGGGCCGAGGGGCGGAGGAAAGGGAAGCCCGCGCGGCGACUCGCUCGCUCCGGGGGAGCGAGCGCUCGGUGCCGGCCCCGAGCGCGCCCGGCCUCGGGCCAGUCGAGGAGGUCGCUCUGAACGCGCGAGGCGGUGCGCCGGCGACGGCGAUUCAAGAUGGCGCUCAACCAGGACGUGGACCAGCUCUCGAAGAGCAACCUCGUCGUGAGGAUCGACCAGAACUCCGAGUCGGACCUGCAGGCCCUCUUCGACAGCGUCCUAAAGCCCGACUCCAAGCGGCCCCUGCAGGUGCCGCUGCGCAUGCGCAACCUGCCGGACUCGUUCUUCAACCCGCCCUCGACGGGCAGCAAGAGCCCCUCCAUAUCGCACUCGCGUGAGAAUUCGGCCGACUCGGCGUUCGGCGUGGCGCCUCCCGGGGUGGGGGGCGGCAGCGCGGCGCCCGGGGCCGCGACCAACGGCGCCGCGGCCGCGGCCGCUGCCGCCGCUAGCGCCCCCGGGCCCCCCGGCGCCGCCGCUGGGCCCGCGCAGCCCCCCGCCGCCGGGCCGCCGACCCCCGCGGCUGCCCCCGGGCUCACCGUCGCGCACCCCCGCGCCCACUCCAGCCCCGCCUCCCUCCAGCAGACCUACGCCUCCGCCCAGCAGGCGCCCCAGCACGCCCCUCAGCCCCACGCCAGGCACCACCAUCACCAGAAGCAGCGCAGCUAUGACGUCAUCAGCACCGUCGACGACCUGGGCCCCCUGCCGCACGGCUGGGAGCAGGCCCGCACUCCCGAGGGCCAGAUCUACUUCCUCAACCACCUGACGAGGACGACGACAUGGGAGGACCCCAGGAAAACGGCUGCAGCGGCGAGCGUCGCUGCGGUGGCCGCUGCUGUGGAAAGUGGAAAGACAUCUUCGGGAGCCACCAGCUCGCUGGGGCCUCUGCCCGAUGGAUGGGAACAGGCACGCACCCCGGAAGGCGAGAUCUAUUUCAUCAAUCAUCAGACGCGUACCACCUCGUGGUUCGACCCGAGAAUUCCGACACAUCUACAAAGGGCCCCUACAUCCGGUGCCAUGCUGCCGCAGAACUGGCUGCAGCAACCCGGUGGAGGUGGUAUUCAGAGCAGUCAAACCUUGCAGGCAUGUCAACAGAAACUGCGACUCCAAUCGUUGCAAAUGGAACGCGAACGACUGAAACAGAGGCAGCAGGAAAUCAUGCGUCAGCAAGAACUAAUGCUACGACAAAGCACGACGGAUGCUGCGAUGGAUCCAUUUUUGUCGGGUAUUAACGAACAACACGCGCGUCAGGAGAGCGCCGACAGCGGGCUUGGCCUCGGCUCGGCGUAUUCCCUUCCUCACACGCCGGAAGACUUCCUCGCCAACAUCGACGACAACAUGGAUGGGACUAGCGAGGGAGGUGCGCCCAUGGAGACUCCGGAUUUGUCUACACUGAGUGAUCUCGUGCCUUCUCUUCAGUUGGGGGAGGAGUUUAGCAGCGACAUCCUGGAUGAUGUCCAGUCGUUAAUCAAUCCCAACACGAGUAAACCGGAGAACGUGCUGACGUGGCUGUAGUGGGUGGAAAAGAGGCUCUGACCAUCCGUCAAACAUCGGCUCGCCAAGGAAUCUGCAAUAAUCAGAGAAGGGACUACGUCGGAAGUCGAGAACACGCGAAUCCAAUGAUUUCUACCUAGCCUAGGGAACUUCUUCAUGAGUCGGACACUAGGGGGGACAAUUUUCAAACUUCUUUUUUUCUGAGGGCCUACGAUUACGAUUAAUUCAGACCCUGCGUGCUCAACAAUCAAUUACGAACGCGCACGUGUACGUGUACACAUUGUGCACGAACAGUUUACACGUACAUGUAUGCGUGCUAAGUUUCGUGUACAUAGCUCUAUAUAUUCGUUUUUCAUGUUAUAUACGGCUACUCGGAGGUACGAGGAAGGUACGAUUGCGUUGACAAUAAUUAAUUAAAUACGUAACGAUUGUUGAUGAUGGAAUGGUGGAGAGCACUCCGGCGUGCCUCGUGUAGAUCGUUGUGGAUCGGUUUAAGAGGGGACGAUCGAGAUUCGGACACGAAUUUUACAUCUCGCGAUUUUUCUUCCGCCGAGGGGGAUACCAUGGAGAGAUUCUUAGGUUUCGUUCAAUGGUUGCUUUUUAAUCGGCUCUUGAGUUUUAGAGGGGACAAAAUUGGUGGGAUUAUUUUAUUUCUCGUUUACGUGGGUGGGAACUGGGGACCUUGAUUUUAGAUACGUUGAAAUCUCCUCGGCGGGGUUCAAAGAGAAAUUUAUUUGUCGUUUCUACAUGGUGCCCCCUUGGUCAGGUUUAAGGUCUGGUAUCAUGACGUAUCAGAUAUUCAUACGGUCGUCUGUCUCGCCCGGGUAAGAUUAUGGGGUAAGAAUGUGUCAAGUACUGUUUUAAAUGAAUUUUAAUUUUUACGAUGUUUUUUAAGCCAGGACAGUAGUCUGAAAUUAGUGGGUAAGGAGUUGGAAUGAUAAGCCAGGCAGUUUUUAUCAGAAAAAUCUAUUAUGGUUUGUUACGGUUUUAACAAGGAAUUCCAUGUUGCUAGGAUUUGGUAUUUUUAUUUUACGAAAUCGAUUAAUCUUUCCUUUCGAUUUGCUCGCGGUUAACCUCUCGCACGGUUUUUAUUUUAUUUUACAGACCGGAUUCGAUGUUUUAAUUUCUUCUUCUUUUCUUUUUUAAUUUUCUUUUUAAUUUCGCGCGCUUACGUCCGCACCUACAGUCUUCCUGAAAAUCGUGGGCGAAGGAGGCAUUAUAAGAUGUCCGGGAGAAGGAUAAAAAAAAAUUAGAGUUUUGUUCUCUGUCAUUCUUAAAUAAUUGAAGGAGUAUGUUAAUUUUUCCGACCAGUGUCAACUGGUCAGAAAAUUGUUGGGCUUCAGAGUAUAUCGAGAAGGAUUAAGAUGUUAAAGUGGUUCGAGGAACGUUAUAUAUAUAUAUAAAUAUGUAUUUUUUAGACUCGUAUUUGUAACUGUUGAAAGCAUUGUCGGAUGGAUAUAUCAGGGAAGAGGGCGCAUAGGACAAUACAUUUUUUAGAACGCUUUUAGGGCACAGUGACUGCGUCAUUAUCGUGAACUUAUGAACUUAUUCUCACUUGGCACGUUCUUUUCCUGUGGUCCCUUACCAUGUUAAAAACCCGAUGUGUUCGCAAGACCUCACGCUUUCUCGAAGGUUGUAGACGAAUCAAGUGCAAUUAAAGUAAGGAGAGCCGAGUCGCGGUAAAACGACCCCCUGAUGAACACGUCUCAGUAUUCGCCUUCGAUUAAAGGAGCCGCGUACGCUCGCGCUCCGUUUACAGCAACUAGAUUGUAGACUUCAGAUACGGAGGGAAAUAAGCACUUUGUUUAUUCCUUCCGGUUUUUUUUUCUUUUCUUUUUUUCUUUUUUAAAGCGACCCGCGGAACGCCCGAAACCGGGACCCGAUUCUAGAGUUCAUGAAAUCACCUUUCGCAUGCGAAAUUGACAGUUUAGUGUACGUCUUUCAAAUGUUUACCGAAGGCAAGACUUCGCAACGAUGCAAAAUCUUUCAUGCGAUUCUAUUCGUAUGUGGAUAAAUAAAAAAAGAAAAAUCGGCACCCUAUUCUCGAGUUCAUAAAAUCAACUUUCGCAUGCGAAACUGACUGCUUAGUGUAUGGCUUUCAAAUGUUGACCAAUUAGGCGACUUCGCGAGAAUGCAAAAUCUUUUAUGCGAAUCUACUUGUAUGUGGAGAAAAAAAAAAGAAUUUGCAUGAACUCGAGAAUCGGGUCCGUGGACCUGCUAACUCACGGGCGACUUCUUUUCAACUUUGUUCCGUCGAGGACUUGCGAGAAAAGGGGGAAAAACGAAACUGUUCCUCGACGGGUUCAACGUUACUCUACGGGUGUAUUCCCGUGACAUUUAAUGCAAUUUAUCUCGUAGUAGCCUAAAACGUGUACGUGCUCCUCUGGUUGUACACGAGCCUAGGACGAUCGAGCGAUCACCGUUCGUGCCUUAAAAAUCCAGAGCUUAAUUAGAUCGAGUGAUUUUAUAAACGUCCGAUCGUUAAUAUAAGUCGGGACACGACGAUCUUGCGCGCCGAACGAGUUAGGCUUAAUCUAGAAGAUGAUAAUCUGACUCGCUCGGCAGAGAGAAGAAAGAGUUUAAGAGAAAACGGCGGGUUAGGACGUCGGGGUUUUCUGGGGAUGUACCGAUCGUGGGAAAACCUAAGUUUGGCAUAUGCCGACAUCCCUCUGGAAACUGGGGGAUGGAUUUCCCUCGAGUUUCCGUCGACGCGUUUAAGGUCUGCCUCGAGGCGCAACCGGAGGCGAAGUGUUUAGAGACUAAGUCGCGCGCCAAGUAGGUUUUUCGCCAAAGUCGCCGGCGCGCCACUUGGAUAAGUUUCUCAUUCGUUUCUAGUUGUUUAUUUUCUCCUUUAUUUCUUUCUUUUAUUUUUUUCCCCUUUCCUCUUUUCGCCCGCGAAACACUGCGAAUAACGAUGUGCCUUGAUUUUUGCAAUCGAACUGACGACGCGUGCCACGGUCGUCACCCUUUCAAAGCAACAACCGUCCAUGCGAAACGUUUAGCCACGUGGUAAUUGUUAAAAGUAGGCAGCAGCAGAGUUUUUUUUUUUUCUUUUUCUAGACCUUUAAAAUAUUUGAGAGAUCGAGAUGGAGGGAAGUAACCACGAAAUGAAUAUAUAUAUAUUUUUUUUAUAUAUAUAAAGUCUAUACUUGUUAUACGAAGUUGCAGUUAUCGGUAUGAUUAGUGAGGAAGGGUAGGAGUGAGAGUAAGUGUGCGAGUGCGAGAGAAUGCGAGCGUGCCCUGUUAGUUUGUAAAAUUUCCUUACGAUUUUAUACAACACGCAGUUAUGUAAUCGGAAGUUACGCGCGAGGAGAGUAUAUGAUAUUUAUAGAGAUACAUAAAUAUCUUUUAGCCCUAAGAUUCGCGUCGCGGCCUCCUUCUCGGAGCACGAGAGAACUCGUGGCCGUUCAAAAGUGUACUUGUUCUUUCUUUCUUUCCUUUUAUUUUUUUUUCUUCUUUUUAAUACGUGGUCAUGCUAAUACCGUCCAUUUGAGUUGGCCGGUAGGGUUGAUAUUAUUGCAUAUAUAGAUUUAUGUAUUAGUUAAGUGGCAGCUCAGUAUCCGCGAUGGAACCGACAAUGGCUUGGCAGUCUUAACCUCGCAGAUAUCUCGAUUUAUCCUGGUUUAUCCCGAUUUAUCCCGAAAUAUCCCGUGAUGAGCAUAAGGAGACGAAAAGGACCUAGGUAGACAUUGAUUAUUUAGCAAUAAUUCCACGUACGUCCAGCAAUAAGGUGCAAGUAAUAUUUUUUAUACAAGUAUUACGACGUCGGAGAUGAAUAUAUACAUAUAUAAAUAUAUAAAUAUAUAUAUUUAUAUAUUUUUCUUUCCUUUUCCAUAGACCGCCAAGCCAUUGCCCCCUCGCGGUGUGAAAUUAAAAGAAGCGAGUGAAAACCGUAAGAUCAAAGUUGCAAUAGGCUUUCCCACUUUUCCUCGGCGAGAGGAAAGGCCUUGUGGAGGCACCUUAAUGAGAUUUCCUUUUGCCGUUUGCACGCUAAGUUUGAUGGUGUACUAUUAUAACUGUAGUCGUGCGAAUGCCGAGAAUAUAUAUGUACGCCUUUUGAUAUAGAGUAUAUAACGCAAGGAUGCGAUUUCGUUUACAUAUUACGUUAAUAUGAUAGGACAGAUAGCUGAACGGUAGACAGAUGUAUUCUUCGGAGUGGCAAUAUCAUUCGGGGCAUCUCACGAGUAUUGAAGUAUUAACGACCGUAUUCUUUACCUAUUUAAUUUCGACCAUUAUCAUUAACAAUGUUUCGUAUGGAAAAUCGAUGUUUUUAAUAUCGGAAAUAUUUCUAGGCUCUUCGAGUUUAUCAUUUUACCCGAUCAUUGGGAUUUACCGCGCCGUGUCCAGAAAGGUAUUGUCGACUAUGGGAGGAGGAUUCGUUAUUAUAAAUAUUUAAAAUGCAAUUCUCGAGGAUGUGCAGGUCGCUGCUGCUCGGAAGCGUGUCCCGGGGAAUGGAAUAAAUUGGUGAAUCGAUCGAAUCGAUGAACUUUACGAUCCUACGAUCGACGACGACGGCGCGGUCGGUUGUUUUUUCUUCCCUUUUUUUUUUUACGAUUUUUACGAUUUUCUACGCGAAUCGACGGCUUUUCUUUUUUUCAAUCUCGCGCCCUCGAGACGGGGCGACCCGAUGCACCUUCCAGGAGCAUUAACGAACUCGUAUACUGUACCAUUUUAAUUACUCGUUAACGACCUCUUAUUAAUAUCUCUUACUUACUGUAUCCCGCUUUUAGUUUAAAUUGGAUUUAGGCUACGUUGUAGAGGAGCUUUUUACGCCGAGUUAGUAAAGAGAGAGAGAGAGACUCGUGCCUAGAGUAGACGACUAGUGCCGACGACUUGUCAAUAGAGAAAAUCGGGAAACCGAGAAAAUGAUACGCGAGGGGCUCCUCUUAAACGACGCGUGCGCAUACACAACCCAUAACGUCUGAGAUUGUUCUACGUAAAUGCGAUUAGUUGUUUAAUAUCAGUAUUUAAAUAUGCUCAUUGGCGAGAUCAUUUUGUGACGUACACUUUUAUAUUGGUAACAAGUGCCUUAAGCGCGCGUGCGCGCGCGAUAACGAUAACAAUAAAUAUACCGUUUACUUAA